AUGCAGGGCUUCAAUAUGGGACGGUACGUCCCCCCAGACCAAGAAGGUCUAAAGAGCGGCAACCAACUCGCCAAAAAACACCCCCUCGGUUCGCGCGCCCGCCACCUCCACACGACCGGUGCCCUGACCGUACGCUUCGAGAUGCCCUUCGCCGUCUGGUGCACGACCUGUAAACCCCACGAGACGAUCAUCGGCCAAGGGGUGCGCUUUAAUGCCGAGAAGAAGAAGAUUGGGAAUUACCACUCUACACCGAUUUAUAGUUUCCGGAUGAGACACCCCGCGUGCGGGGGGUGGAUUGAGAUUCGCACGGAUCCGAAGAAUACAGCGUAUGUGGUUGCGGAGGGGGGCAGGAAGAGAGAUACUGGGGAGGAUAAGAGGGAGGGUGGGGUUGGGGAGAUUGUGGUGAAGUUGCCUGGGGAGAAGGAGGAGGUUGUUGAUCCGUUUGCGCGGUUGGAGGGCAAGGUCGAGGAUAAGAAGGUGGUUGAUGAGGGGCGGACGAGGAUUUUGGAGUUGCAAGAGCGCCAGGCGAGGGACUGGAUUGAUCCGUAUGAGAUGUCGAGGCGGUUGAGGAAGACGUUUCGGGCGGAGAGGAAGGUCUUGGAAAGUGCCGAGGCCAACAGGGAGGCGUUGAAGGAUAAGAUGAGCUUGGGGAUUGAGAUUGUUGACGAGACAGAGGAAGAUCGUUUGCGGGCUGGUUUGGUCGACUUCGCUCCUGGAGGUGAUACUACUGCUGUGCGCACCCGGCCGAUGUUCGAGUCUAGGAGUGUUUCAACGAAGAAGCCUACUGGUGCAUCAACUGGAAAAACCAAGGACGGGAAGCGGAAGAAAGCGGCGGAUGUCGUCGAAGAACGCAAAGCGAUGUUUCGCAGCGAGUUAACUGGGAAUACCCGCGCCAUCGUUGAUCCUUUCCUUAGCCAUGAGGGAAGCCUGUGGCAGCCGGAUGUUAAACGGCGUAAAACUGCACCGAACAAGGCGGACACAAACAAGACACACAACCAGAAUACAAGCAGUACGGCCAGUGAGGAUCAAGCAUCUUCCGCAUCGAAAGAUUGUUCAAUCGAAGUGAGUGAGACCGCCAGCAAGACACCAGAACCGCCCACUGCUUUGGUGGCUUAUGCUUCGGAUUCAGAGUAG